AUGACAGACGAAACAUCCCAUGAUGACAAGUCUCCAUUGAAGGCCGCUGCUCCUUGGAACAUCCUUUCUGUCCUGGUGACAGAAGAAACGUUCCAAGAUGAAAUGUCGCCAUUGAAGGAUGAUGUACCGUCGAACAUUCCAUUCAUGUUUGUAACAGAAGAUACAUCCCAUGCUGAUAAAUUUCCAUUGAACGCCAAUGCUCCUUUGAACAUCCUUUCCAUCAUUGUGACAGAAGAAACAUUCCAAGAUGAAACGUCGCCAUUGAAGGAUGAUGCACCCUUGAACAUUUCACUGAUGAGUGUGACAUUCGAAACAUCUCACGAUGAAAUGUCAUCAUUGAAGGACUCCCACGAUGGGGUCAUCAUUCCAGGACGGGGAGGAGGGCAAAAUAAUUGA